AUGAGGCCCGUUACUGUUACCUUCAUUCUCGGCCUGUGCGAUGUACUCCUCGCUAUCCCCGUCCAAGACCGCCUGACAGACAAACGCCAGGGCACCGGAGGCAGCUCUGACCUGAGCGGUCUCCUAGGCUCCGGUUCCUCGGGCGCUGGCUCAUCUGGCGCCCUGUCAGGAGCUGGUGGUUCCAGCCCUGGCAAUAACCAGGGUAAUCAGGGUGUACCCACCGGCGGCGGCGUCUCGUCGGGCCAGGGUGAGUCCUCGGGCAACACCGACCUCUUGGGCUCCUUGCUCUCAGGCCUGAUUCCGGGGACGGGCGGUUCAAGCUCCGGCUCCGGCUCCAGCACACUUGGUGGGCUCGGGGGCUCGAGUUCGUCCCAGGGUGGAGUGUCCGGCUCCCAAUCAGAACAGUCGGGACAGUCGGGACAGUCAGGGCUUGGAGGUUGGGGCUCGUCUAACCAAGGUGCCACGACUGGCUCCCAGGCUGGACAAGUUGGAGGACCAGGUGCGGGUUCUUCCGGCAACGGCCAGAACGGCCAGUACGAUGGGGUUGACGAUUGUGAUGAUGACGAUGAAGACGAGCACAAGGAUGGCCACAAAGACGACCAUAAGGAUGGCUUCAAGGAUGAGUACAAGGACGGGUUCAAGGAUGACCAUAACAGUGGCUUCAAGGAUGAUCACAAGGAUGGCUUCAAGGAUGAGCACAAUGGCGGCUUCAAUGGCGGCCUCAAGGAUGAGCACAAGGAUGGGUUCAAUGGUGGCUUCAAGGAUGAGCACAAGGAUGGGUUCAAAGAUGAGCACAAGGAUGGGUUCAAGGAUGACCAUAACAGUGGCUUCAAGGAUGAUCACAAGGAUGGGUUCAAGGAUGACCACAAGGAUGGGUUCAAGGAUGACCACAAGGAUGGGUUCAAGGAUGACCACAAGGAUGGGUUCAAGGAUGACCACAAGGAUGGGUUCAAUGGUGGCUUCAAGGAUGGGUUCAAGGAUGACCACAAGGAUGGGUUCAAGGAUGACCACAAAGACGACCACAAAUUCGAUGGCAAAUAUUAG